UAGAGUUAAUCUGCACGCCUGUAGGCGAUAACCGUUCACACAUAAACCAACAUGUUAACAUACAUGGCAGGUUAGCUUAUGCGGAAAGUUGCACAACGUAAGCUGGUACCAUACAAGAUCUAUAUAUGGCAACCUCUGUUGCGAGCCCAUCUUCUAGUUAUUCUAGUAAAUCUAGUACCAUUUAAGGUCGAGUGGGAAUGCGCCUUUCCAGUAUAAAUAAGACGAAUCAGUUAUUCAGAAAUAACAUAGUCUAUAGGUCUUAUCUUGAAAGAUGGCUUACAAAUUUGUAUUUCUGUUUCUCGUUGCUUCGGUAUUUGUGGUAAGAGCUGAAUAUCUGGUUUGCAAAUCUAUCAAUGAAGUUUUCCAUUCAAGAGAUAUCAAUGCACCGUACAACUCAACAGGAAUACGAGGACCUCCUGGUCGCCCUGGAAAACGCGGACCUCCUGGCACAAUUGGGAAUCCUGGUCCAGUAGGUCCACAGGCAGUAGUCGACUGGGACAGAGUUGAAACAAAAAUUCGCCAAUUGGUCGAAAACUAUACGAGAUGCUCAGGAUUGAUUUACCACGGUCGAUGUAUAAAGCUGAUCUACACAGCUGGCUACGCAACAACAAAACAAGAAUCGGAAGAUAUUUGCCGUUUCCACGACGGGCAACUGAUUGACAUCGAAAGUAAAGAAAUGUACGACCUUGUCUACAAUUACGUGAAAAAUGCCUGGAAUUCAAAGGUGGACGCGAACCUUGAUUACAUAGAUGUGUGGCUGGCUUCUACAUACGAGAACAACAUGGUGAGAAUGCGCAACGGGAGCAGUGGUUAUGCGGAGUGGUAUCCAGGAUAUCCAACUUCCACUGCUGGCCACAACGCGUUGGCUUUACUCGUUGCUAUCAAACCAACAAGGACACGAAUCGGAAUGUUCAAUAUAUCCCCAAGUUUUAGUAGACCAGUUCCAUUAUGUGAAUUUCCGCUAUAGGAGGGAAAUAGCUGCAAAUCCUGCUGAAACGUUACUGCAAUAUAUGAUGUUAACAACUGGCUGAACCGAAAAUGCUUUAAUAAAACUAACCACCAUCUAACGAACUUGUUUAAAUCUGCGGAUAUAUUCCAGUUAUAAUUUUAACUGUAUACAUACCAUGUCGGGCGUGUUAGUUAACCUGCCUCAGAAAAGAUAGGAAAUUUUCAGGGUUUGUUUAUGCAUUGCAUUAUCGUGGCAAAAUUUAUUGGGAACAUAUAACAGUAGGACCUGGAAGAUGGGACAGCUUUUAACUCUAUUUUCUCGUCCCAUUUAGUA